GCGCACACAGCUUAUAUCACAGCGUUAAGAGGCGCAAGCGGGCGUCACUGAGCUCCAGUCAUCAUCAGCGGCCACGGCUACCUCCCACACAAAUACACACACACACACACACACACACAUACAUACACACACACACAUGCGCCAGCCCCUGACGGCGGCAGAGCACGGCGACACGAGCAGCCUGUGGUUCCAAACAGCCACAGCCUGCCAGAGGACGCUGUUGUGUGGGAAAGCGUUUUUUGGGAAGGUGGACGAAACUUCCAGGAUGCUCGGUGCUGUCAAAAUGGAAGGACACGAACACGCAGACUGGAGCAGCUACUACGGAGAACCUGAGUGUUAUACCUCUGUUGGCAACAUGAACACUGGCCUGGGAAUGAACUCCAUGAACACUUACAUGACCAUGUCGGGAAUGAGUACGACGGCUAACAUGACGGCUAACAGCAUGAACAUGUCGUACGUCAACACGGGCAUGAGUCCGUCCAUGACGGGCAUGUCCCCCGGCGCUGGCGCAAUGGCCGGCAUGGGGGCGAGCAUGACGGGCAUGAGCGCGGCUCUGAGCCCCAGCAUGAGCCCCAUGACGGCACAGGCGCCCGCCAUGAACGCGCUAGGCGCGUACCCCAACGUGAACCCCAUGAGCCCCAUGUACGGCCAGUCGAACAUGAACAGGGCGCGCGACCCCAAAACGUACCGGAGGAGCUACACGCACGCCAAGCCCCCUUACUCGUACAUCUCCCUCAUCACCAUGGCCAUCCAGCAGUCGCCCAGCAAGAUGCUGACGCUGAGCGAGAUCUACCAGUGGAUCAUGGACCUGUUCCCCUUCUACAGGCAGAACCAGCAGCGCUGGCAGAACUCUAUUCGCCACUCGCUGUCCUUCAACGACUGCUUCGUCAAGGUGCCCCGCUCGCCGGACAAACCGGGCAAGGGCUCCUUCUGGACGCUGCACCCGGAUUCGGGCAACAUGUUCGAGAACGGCUGCUACCUGCGCAGGCAGAAGCGCUUCAAGUGCGACAAGCCGCUGGGGAAGGAGGGCGGCGGGCGGAAGUCGGCGGACGGAGGCUCGCACGGGACUCCGGAGAGCUGCCACGGCAACGAGACGCCGCCGUCACACUCCCCGGUCAACGAGCAUAAGCGCGCGCUGGGCGACAUGAAGUCCACUCGGGGUGUUAGUCCAGACCCGGCGGCCUCGCCGACCACCCAACACCAACAGCAGCAACAGCAGCAACAGCAGCAGCAGCAGCAGCUCCUCGCCCAGCAUCACUCGGUGCUUCCGCACGACGCCCACCUUAAGCCCGAGCACCACUACUCGUUCAACCACCCGUUUUCCAUCAACAACCUCAUGUCCUCCGAGCAGCAGCACCAUGCGCACCACAAAAUGGACCUGAAAGCCUACGAGCAGGUCAUGCACUACGGCUACGGCUCCCCCAUGGCCGGCGCUGCCCUCUCCAUGGGCUCCAUGGCGAGCAAAGCCGGCUUCGACACGUCGCCACUGGCCGCAGACACGUCCUACUACCAAGGCAUGUACUCGAGGCCCAUCAUGAACUCCUCCUAAAACAACAACAACAACAACAAUAACAAAAACAACAACAACAACAACAACAACAACUAAAGCCUCACGGACCUUAAAAUAAACUUUGUAUAUUUGUAAAAAUGCAGUUUGUGCAUAAUGUAUUCUCUCUGGACGUUUUUUCCUUCCUGCCGUUUCUGCUCGUUAAUUUAGUGGUCGAGUUUAUUAGUAAUUAUUUUGUACAAAAAUCUGAAAUAAAAAAAUAAUAAAAACGUUGUGAAGAAACGAAUGUGACGAACUCCAGGCGAAAGGGACCAAAAAAGAAAAAAAGAACACGCGCCUGACUACUGAGAGUCCUGAACGAAUGAGAGGAACGAAAAGUUCUUCUGUCCAUUUGUGAAAAAAUACCUUAUUUAUGGCUUGUAAAUUGUGUAUUCUUGUAGUUGAUGACAAGAACAGAAUCUAUAUUAAAGUGUUAUUUGAAUUUUUACUGAG